AUGGAGGAGGAGAGGCGAGGAGAGGGGAGGGAGCGCGGACACGCGAAAGGGCCGCCCCGCCGCGGCGAGCGAGCGGGAUGGAGGGGGGCGGGGGGGGCGGGCGGAGGCGGUGCCACGGCGCGCACACUCGCACACACGCGCUCCCACUCCACCCCCGGGCGCUCCCCGCCCAAGGGGCCGCGCGGCGGCGGCGGCGGGGAACGGUGCAACCUGUUGGCGACGCUCGGCAACUGCACGGGUGUCCGCAGCCCCUGCCCCCACGCCCUCCGCGCGGGCCCCUCCACCCCGGCCCCGACAGCGCCUGCACGCCCGCGGCCCCGGCGUGGCCCCGCCCGGGCACCCCGCCACCGCCCCCGGGCCGCGCGGGGGUGGUCCUCGCCCACCGGACCCCCAGGAAAAAGGAGAGGAGGCGGGGGCGGACCUAGUCUGUCAGCGAGCGCUCGGCAGGGAAACCGAGUUCCUCUAGUUUCUCUUCGGCCUCCUCCCCGCCCCCGCCCAGCUCCGCGACUCCCGACCCACUCGGGAGCUCGCCCUGUCCCUCGGCCGCAAUCGCCGCCGGCGCCCCUGCGGCUGACAGCGGGCUGGCGAGGGGGGCCUGGGCGCGGCCCGCAGGAGCCGCGGGGGUGGUCCGCGCCGCCGCCCCUACCCGCCCCACCCCCCCACCGGCCGAGUUGUGCGAAGUGUGUCACUGAGCGCGGGGCCACGGGGUGGCACGGAAACGGUGCCCCGGCGUCUCAGCCGCGCUCCGGGCCGGCCAGCCCGACACGCCCUCUGGGGAGGCCCCGGGGAGAGCAGGACCGAGGAGGGGGUGGGCGCAUACGGACUCUGGGCCCGGGGGCAGUGGCGUGCCGGCAGGUCCCCGACCCCCGCAUCGUCUGGGCGGCCGGGUCUGCACCCGCCGCCGCGCUCGCCCCCGGAGAGAAGUUGCCAGCAGAACCCACCCUCCCCCGCGUCCGGCCGGCCCCCACCCUCUUCUCCGAGUCUCCCAGGCGGCGGCGGCGGCGGCGUCGGCAGAAGGAGGCUCUGCCUGCCAAGUUCAGCCCCCACCCUCCCUCCCAGCGCGCUCACUCUUGAAGGAAGUUGCACGCCAGAAGCAAAACCUCCAGCGAGCUGCAUUUCUUUGCACUUUUUUUUUUUUGCAUUAUUUUUAAGGAAAGCUGGGGGUGGCAGGCCUAAAAGCAAGUUGCAGGCGAAAUAGUGACAGCGCUGGCCAACUCCCGCCGGGGGCGGAGGCUGCCGCGGCUCCACCUCGUCUGUGCCCGGAGCGCGGCGCAGCCACUCUCUCCGCAGGCCGCGCGGAUUCGGACGCGGCCGCCUCUGCUCUGACAUCUUCCAGAGGAGCGGCAGGCGGGUGCCGGAAGCCGCCGCCGCCAUCUUGGAAGAAGGGAGAACCUGGAUAAGUUGAGAUGAAUGUGUUGAGUAGUGUUGGUGAAGAGAGAUCCUGUUGAAGAAAGAUCACAGCUUAUACCACAUUCAUUCCCACCUCCACUGUUGUUUAUCACAUAUUUCCUUUUACAUAAGGACACCUCCUUGUGACUUAUUUUCUUAUAGCUCAUAAUUCCUUGUCAUGGUUCUAGUUUUAUUUAUUGUAUCUUUCUGUCUCCCCACAAACAUACUUUAAAUCUAUGAUGUUAAAUGUAAAUUGGAAUAAAAUAAAUUAUCAUGUUUGUAUAAAUCA